AUGCUGCACGGAGCUCGGGCGAUCCCGCAAAAAGCCUACGACGCACACACGCGUGGCAAAGAGAGAUGUGUGCGUGAACGGGCUUACAUAACACCCAGCGAGAGUGCAUUAACUCUGGGGGGGAGGGGAGUGGGAGAAGCGAGGACCUUUCUCCGCGGCUCUGGCCUGGCGCUUUCAGUGCCGGCCGCGCUGCGCGGGCGCCGCGGCUGUGCGCGUGUAACGCCACGCGAGCCACGCACACCGGCCCACGCUCACUUUCACUUGGCGAACUAUUCG